UGUCUUAUCUUCAGUGUGUUAUCAACUAUAGAACAGUAUUCAGAAUUUGCCACUGGAAUGCUGUUCUGGAUGGAAAUAGUGCUUGUGGUAUUUUUUGGUGCUGAAUACAUAAUGCGACUAUGGUCUGCUGGCUGCAGAAGUAAAUAUGUUGGUGUCAAAGGAAGAAUUCGGUUUGCAAGGAAACCUAUUUCUAUAAUUGAUCUGAUUGUUGUAAUAGCAUCUAUCAUUGUACUGAGUGUUGGAUCUAAUGGACAGGUGUUUGCCACUUCUGCUAUCAGGGGCAUCCGCUUCCUUCAGAUACUUCGCAUGCUUCAUGUGGAUCGACAGGGAGGUACUUGGAGACUUUUAGGAUCGGUUGUUUUCAUUCAUCGACAGGAACUGAUAACGACUUUAUAUAUUGGAUUUUUGGGACUCAUUUUUUCCUCAUACUUUGUGUACUUGGCUGAAAAAGAUGUAGUUGAUGAAGAAGGAAAGACAGGAUUUUCAAGCUAUGCAGAUGCCCUAUGGUGGGGUGUGGUGACUGUCACUACAAUUGGAUAUGGUGAUAAAGUACCCCAAACAUGGAUUGGGAAAACAAUAGCUUCUUGUUUCUCGGUCUUUGCAAUAUCCUUUUUUGCUCUUCCAGCAGGUAUCUUGGGGUCUGGAUUUGCCUUAAAGGUUCAGCAGAAACAACGUCAAAAACAUUUCAAUAGACAAAUACCAGCUGCUGCCUCUCUUAUUCAGACUCUCUGGAGGUGCUAUGCUGCAGAGAAGACUUGUAGCUCCACAGCAACAUGGAAAAUCUAUAUAAUGUUACCAGAACACACUGCUCGAAAUGUAGUAGUACCACCCAGUCCUCUGAUAAGAAAACAGCAGUCCAGAAAAUAUAAAAGGAAAGCCAAGCCUAGCACCACUGCAACUUUGAAUGCUGGAGAAAAUGCGUUAUCAGUUCCACAGAUAACAUUUGACAGCAUUGAUGAUAAAGAAGAAAAGAAAGAUGUUGCCUUUUAUAUCGAAGAACCUGCAGGUAAUAAAUGUUUCACUUUUUUAGUAUUUAUGAGAUGA